AUGGCCCAAGCAUUUCAUCUAUCUUCUUCUCUCCCGGGCAGUAGUCCCUUAAAACCAAGUAAUUGUGGCUCCGACCUGGCUGCGCGCCUCCAGGUUGCGACUCUCAUUGAGUCUGCGCCCGACGAGGCAUCACGCACAGCAAGGUCGGAGUCCAAGAAGGUGAUUGUGGUGGGGGCUGGUAUUUCCGGUCUGCGUGCCGCUGCGGUUUUGCAGCGUCAUGGUUGUGAGGUCGUGGUCCUGGAAGGUCGCGAUCGCAUUGGUGGAAGAAUCCUGACGAGCCGCAACGGAGAUCAUGUUCGAGAUAUUGGUGCCGCUUGGAUGCACGAAACUUCUCAGAACGAACUGGUGAAGCUCAUCCCCAGACUAGCCAUUCCCUACUAUUACGAUGAUGGCGCACCUCUUUAUUUCACCAGAGAGGGCCGCGCCGGUUCCCAAUUUAAAGCAAAGAAGGUGGCCGACGAAUUCGCCGAUUACUGCGAGUGGUACUACGAAACUCACCCCGAUGCCGAGGAUCGCCCCGUCGACGAAUUUGUGAAGGAAUUUGUACUCGAACAUCAACUCAUUACCGACGAUGAGCGCCAUUGGGCGCCGCAGGCCGUGCGCGAGGUGGAACUGUGGCUCGGAACCAGUACGAAGGAGGCCUCUUCCAAACACUUGUCCUACUUCAUCACCGAGCGUAACCUGUACAUGAAGGGCGGAUAUGACCGAAUUGUCAACUGGACCGCCGAAUCCCUGCGCGAGGAUCCCAACACCAUUAAACUCAACCACACCGUCGAACAUGUCGAGUGGAACGAACAGGGCGACCAGCCCUUGUGUAUCCGCUACAAGAAUGCGGAAACCGGAGUGAAUGGAUCCAUGGAGGCCGAUGCCGUGGUGAUGACUUGCCCGCUGGGUGUCUACCAUCACAACCUCAUUAAUUUCAACCCGCCAUUACCGGGUGAUAUCCAAGAGGCCAUGUCCUUGUUCAGUUACGGAGCCCUGGGCAAAGUCUUUUUUGAAUUUACCGAUGUGUUCUGGUCGAAAGACAACGACCAGUUCAUUUUUUACCCUUCCCCACCUGAAGAAGACAUGGAGUCUUCGUCCGGAUCGUCGGUCGAGUCUACUACCAGCAUGACGAUCAAAGAAAAGGACAACAUUUUAAAUUACGCUACUGUCACAAUCAAUCUAUGGAUUAUGACUGGUGGCAAGGAGCUCUGUGUGCAGGUCGCCGAGCCCCUGACCCAACGCAUUGAAGCAAUGAAGGACUCCAAACAGAUUUAUCAGUUCUUCGAGCCUCUCUUUAAACUGCUCCGAACUGAGCCAUACAAAGCACUGCCUCGCCUAGUCAGUGUUGAAACUACACACUGGACUCAGGAUCCUCUGGCAGGUUAUGGCUCUUACUCUGCAGACAAGGUUGGAGAUAAUCCAGAUCUGUUCAUUGAGGCCCUGGAAAACCACAAGGGAAGCCCCUUGCAGUUUGCAGGUGAGCACUGCACCAUGGUUGCCAAUGGCUGUGUGCAUGGCGCGUAUAAGACGGGUGAAACCGCUGCGUCAAACUUACUCAAUAGAUUUGGUAUUCCGUAUGAUGGGCAUGACGCUGUCCAUGACGCUGUCAAAGCUAAGUAA